CUCGGCUUCCCCACCCAUUCCGACUGGCUCUCGGCAGCUAGCAGCAGCUGGAGAACGCCCAGGAGGAGAGCGCGUGGGGACGGGACGGGAGGGGAGGGGGGAGGAGAGGCGUCGAGCGGAGGGCGCGUGCGACGGCGCCUGCGAGGGAAGCCAGGAGUGACCGACCGAUCGACCGACCGACCGACCGCCUGCCUUUGGGGGGAGGGGCAGCCUGCGAACAGCAUGGCGGCUGGGCGCGAGCCGCCGCCGCCUCCUCGUCAUCUUCUUCUUCGGUCCCCUGCCAGCGUCCUGGCCCCCGCCGCUCGAGCGUCGAGGCCCACCGACCUUCUCCCUCUGCCCCACUGACUGACAGAGAGAAGGGGGAAAGACGACGCGCAGAAGGAAAGAAGCCUCGCCCUACCCGGCCCAUCCCGGCCAUGGAGCUCGCCAAGCCAGUUUUCCCCGCGCUGCCGCAGCCCAAAGAAGACUCCGAGGAUUGGACAUAUCCAAUGAGAAGAGAGAUGCAGGAAAUUUUACCUGGGUUGUUCUUAGGCCCAUACUCUUCAGCUAUGAAAAGCAAGCUACCGAUACUUCAGAAACAUGGGAUCACUCAUGUAAUAUGCAUAAGACAAAACAUUGAAGCAAACUUUAUUAAACCAAACUUCCAGCAGUUAUUUAGGUAUUUAGUCUUGGAUAUUGCUGAUAAUCCCAUUGAAAAUAUAAUAAGGUUUUUCCCGAUGACUAAGGAGUUUAUUGAUGGGAGUUUACAAACUGGAGGAAAAGUUCUUGUGCAUGGGAACGCAGGGAUUUCUAGAAGUGCUGCCUUAGUUAUUGCAUAUAUUAUGGAAACAUUUGGUGUGAAGUACAGGGAUGCAUUUACAUAUGUGCAAGAAAGAAGGUUUUGUAUUAAUCCCAAUGCUGGAUUUGUUCAUCAACUUCAGGAAUAUGAAGCCAUCUAUCUAGCAAAGUUAACUAUCCAGAUGAUGUCACCUCGGCAGCUGGAACGAUCACUCUCAGUUAGUACAGAAAACAUCUUUCUUACUACCUAAUCUCUUGAAUUUUACUGCCUGCUUCAUAGGAAGUCUGAAACGAACACAUGAAGAGGAGGAAGAAAUCAGCAGUCUACAAGCAGCAGCUCAGAAUGGUUGAUAGCUGAAGAUACUGGACUUGAUUGUUGGGAGUUUUAUAGCAGCUUCUAACCUUGGCAAGAUGAACCACCAGAAAAAAAAUUAAAAAUGGAAGAUGAUUCCAACUUCCUUAUGCAAACCUGUUCCUUCAGUAGCAUACCAGGCAACAUUUUUAAGGUAUUGGAUUCCUUGACUGACUAGAAGGCACUGAUUGUUUUACUGUUUUUUGGGGGGGUUUUUUUUACACUUUAUAGUUUUACCCUCACCCAAAAGUUUUGGACUUGCAAAGAGGUAUUAUUGCAAUAAUGCACUUUUCAUACUUGAAAUUUCUUUAUUUGUAUUGAUAAAGUUAUUACUUAAGCAAAA